CACUCACACAGUCCACGUAGAAUCACCAGGUAUCCUAAACGCUUUGGACUGUGAGAGGAAGCCGGAGUACCUGGAGAUAACUUCCACACAGAAAAGCCCAGAGGAUUCAAACCCACAUCCUAAACAUUAUUACACUAACUGAAAUUUAAAAUAAAAAAUUACAAAGGAUCAUUUUUAAAUGAAAUAUUUCUAAUACUAUUAGUGAUAUGUAAGAACAGCACCGCAGGUUGUAGGUUUUGUGAGAUGUAAUUAGUGUAAUUUAACGUAUUUAAAUGUGUUUCGUCGCUGUGGUUGUUGACUUCAACUACAGCUGUGAGUGUGUCAGUUACACAGUUACCCACACAGUUCAUGUUACUGGCGUUUCUCGUGUUUGCGUUGAUGCUCUUAUUGCGAAAAGCUCAAACCGGAUACAUUUCUCGGCCGUUGCUCGCUUGUAGUGGCGGUAUGAAAAAUGGCUAUCGUCAGAUUCGGUGAACUAUCGGACUCUUUUCACUUAAACGGUCCGUCUCAUUAACAAAGCGCGACAGCGAGCAAUGCGAGUCGGAGCGGCGACCGGCCCAAACCGGAGCUAGCCGGCGGUAGUUAGCAUGUUCCCCGGCCGCUGGAGCGGCUCUGUGUCCGGCUGAAGCAGAUGGGAGCCGCGGUGAAAUCAAGCAAAAGGCGGAAGACUGCGUAUCAACAGACACGGCUACAGCUAACUGUUCGCUCCGACAUGCAGGAAAACGGAAACCGACAGUGCAGGGUUUAAAGACAGCGAAGGGAACAUUUCGACUGGUGACCUCCUCCUUUAUGGAGCCACGACAGGACGGCUUGAACUGAGUCGGCUCCAACACUCGGCUGAACGCGGCGCUCACCCAAACUCAGGAUGGCGAGCAGGAGGAAGUCCACCAUCCCCUGCAUGGUUCCUCCCCGAGAAACUGUGGACUCGGACCAGGAGAUGGAGGAUGUAACAGGCGCGGCGGAUCCAGAGGACAGCAACGGCGCGGCAACCGUCUCCUCGGAGGCUUCCGGCCUGCUGGAGGAGCGAGGAGAGGAGGCCGACGGCAGGCGUGACGUCGUGGCGUCGGACCCCUACCUGGACUUGAAUGCAGCGGAGGGAGGCUACGAGUGCAAAUACUGCAGCUUCCAGACGUCGGAGCUCAACCUGUUCACCAUGCACGUGGACACGGAGCAUCCCGACGUCGUCCUCAACACCUCCUAUGUCUGCAUGGAGUGUGACUACCACACCAAGAGAGGCAUCGCCUUCAGCAAGACGCCCAUCAUGAGGAACAAGAGCCGAGCUGAGCCCAAGAAGUUCACCGCCGCGCACAAGAUGGCCGUCGACGAUGUCAUCAAAGUGGAAAGCGACGACGAGGAUGACGACAAGGAGCCGCCUGCGCUGUCGCCCGCGCCGACGGUCCCCGCUGCCGUCGCCCCUCGCCUCAUCCCCGUCACCGCGCCGCUGCAGGUCCAGGCCGUGCCGCAGAGCAUCGUGGUGAACAGCCCCAACGUGCUGCAGAUCAAAGGCGGGGCCUCCCCCGCUGGUGGCGGCGUGCUGCCUCCGGGGACGCUGGCGCAGGUUCUGUCAGCCCUGCAGAGCCAGCAGAACAGCACGCAGACGCAGCUCCUCAUCCCCAUCAGCAGCAUCCCCACCUACAACGCAGCCAUGGACAACAACGUCCUGCUGGUCAGCGCCUACAACAGGUUUCCGUAUCCCUCGGUGUCGGAGAUCGUGGGCCUUUCGUCACAGACCAAGUUCAGCGAGGAGCAGAUCAAAGUCUGGUUUUCUGCUCAGAGGCUCAAACACGGAGUCAGCUGGACGCCGGAGGAGGUGGAGGAGGCGCGGAGGAAGAAGUUUAACGGCACAGUGCAGACCAUCCCUCAGACCAUCACCGUCAUCCCCGCUAACAUCGCCGCCACCACGAACGGCCUGCAGAACAUCUUCCAGACGUGUCAGAUCGUCGGUCAGCCGGGCCUCGUCCUCACUCAGGUGGCCGGGAACAGCGGCGCGGUCCCCGUCGCCUCUCCCAUCACGCUGACGGUCGCGGGUGUCCCCGGCAGCCAGCCCAAAGCCGCCGAGCCGUCUACGUCCGAAUCGAACGCCGAGAUGUCGUCUUCGUCGGCCGGCGUGUCGCUCGGUCUGGACUCGACCACAAGCAAGCCGAAGAAGUCCAAAGAGCAGCUGGCAGAGCUGAAGGCGAGCUACAGCCGGCGGCAGUUCGCCACCGAGGCGGAGAUCUCGCGCCUCAUGCAGGUCACCAAACUCUCCAAGCGAGCGAUAAAGAAGUGGUUCAGCGACACGCGCUACAACCAGAGGAACUCCAAGGACCACCACAGCCUGCUGCUGACGCAGGCCACGCCUGGCAGAGCCGCGGCCGGCGGCGGCCGAGGAGGAAGGAGCAGCGGCGGUGGCAUCAGCAUCAACGAUAGCAACAACAGCGACAACACCUCCACCAUCGUCAUCGACUCCUUUGUCCUGCAGGUGAAGUCCGGUAAGGCUUUUCUGAAGGAGUACUACCUCAAGCACCGAGCCCUGAGCGAGAAGGACCUGGACGAGCUGGUGGCAAAGUCCAGCAUGAGCUACGAGCAGGUCAGAGACUGGUUCUCCGAGACCGCCAGGAGGGCGGAGGAGGGCACAGAGCUUUUCAGCGAUGAGGAGGCGGAGGAAGAGGAUGAGGAGGUCCAGAGGGUUUCAGCCUCAGGUGGGUCUCGCUCAUAGAUCCCAGGAUGCUAGAGGAGCGAUCCCGUUUGAUCCUGGUUACAGAGCGCUGCUCCAGCUCGUCCUCCUGUGGUGGGGGCGGGGCGGCUCCGGUCCCUGCAGGGCUGCAGUGCGAGCUUGGUUUGUUCCCUUCAGUGGACGGAAGAUCUGGGCUGAGCGAUGGCCUCCACCUCUGGGUUGGUCCACUGGGUUGGUCUUCAGCCGCAGGUCAGCUGGGUCCCGAAUCAGCGAAUCAGCGGGCUGGGAGUGAGAAGCCGCUCCAAGUUUGUCUGCAGGAACGGGACAGCUUGUCUGUCAGUUUUCCAGAUGCUCUGCGUUCCCUGACCCCUGCUGACGGGCUGCGAGUGGUGACCGCAGGUCGGUCGCCUCCUGACCGCCCUGAAAGGAGGCAGCCGAGGUGGCUCGGACUCCCGAACACCUAUCAGAGGUGUGGCCAGGACACACUGGAGAGGUAACAGGUAAACAGCUGUGAUCCAGCUCAGCGCUCGGACAGAACAGGGACAUCACCGGACGUGUCACAGAGCAAAAACUAAAAGUUCAGAUGGAAGUGGAUUUUUCCUUUAACGCUGUGCGGACACCGACUCGCUGCUCGGAUGAUUUUUUCUGAGUUUUUAAAAAAAAAAAAUCUGAACUUUACAAACCGAUGAAGUUGAGAAACAUUUGAACCCGAGCGCCGCCUCCUCGUCUCCUCGUCCAAAAAGCAAACACACACAGGCAGGUGCGCUCUACUUCAGGAAACAGGCAACUUUACCUCAGUCGGUUAAGCUACAAACUCGGCAAGAUUGUGACAUUUACACUCGACGACAGGUUUCUCCUUUACUGUAUGCAUGAAAAUAAUUAUGUCUUUCAGACGGCGUUCGCCACCACAGGCAGCGAAUCGCUUCAAAGAGGAACA